AUGUCCACCAUACACCAAGGCGAUGUGUUUGCACAAUAUGGCCGCAACCUUGCGAAGGAUAUGCACGGUUUUCUAGAGGCUCGCGCUGCGCCUGUCCAGUCGCUAGCUUCGAAAGCCAGUGCUGCAUGGAACCGGCACCACGCAACGCCGACUUUCGACACGCAGUCUCGGCAUGACGGUGUUAUCCCUGUCGGUAUCAUCGGCGGCGGGAUGGCUGGUCUGUAUGCUGGGCUCCAGUUGGCGCAGUGUGGUAUUCCAUUCCAGAUCUUGGAGGCUUCGGAUCGAGUGGGUGGGCGUUGUCUUACCUACAAGUUCGACGAGGGCGAUGAGUACGACUAUUUUGAUGUUGGGCCUAUGCGAUUCCCUCUUCCACCCAAGGGACAGACCGGCGCACAUACCCGCUUGAGAAAGCUAUUCGAUCUUCUCAAGAUAGACUUGUUCGACAACAUCAUCAGGACUGACCAGAGUCUACUCUACUACAACGGCAUCCAUGCGACCACCGGUGACAAGAACCCCAGCUUCAACGCUGAAGAGCUCGGAAUACCCAAAUGCUACGUCGACUGUGGUACCAAUGCCCUUUGGAGUGACUUUAUCAACCCUCUGGGCGAGCUGCUCCUGAAGGACGCGAAGACGGGUGGAGGCGAGGGUUGGGAGGAGAUGAAACGCGAUUACGAUCAGUACUCGGUGCGAGCGUAUUUGCAGUUCAAGUAUAUCCCGAGCAAGGGGUUGCAGAAACGGUUUGGGAUACCCGCCACUCCGCUUUCAGUCACUGUGGUUGAUUGGAUGGAGACGUAUCAGGGGUCUGGGCUGUUCGACCGGGGUGUCACGGAGACUGUGCUGGAGGCUUUGGCGUUUGGUGAAAUUGAGGCUGGUCCUCAGCCUGAAUGGCAUUGUAUAGAUGGUGGCGCUUCAGUUCUGCCCAAAGCGUGUCUGCUCAAGAUCAAGAAGUGGGCGAAGAAUAUCGAGGGCAUGCCUUCCGAGGUCUUUAUUAAGAACUCGCCCGUCACCGCAAUCUAUCCUUCCGACCUGAAGGACAAGAAAUCGCCGCUUGUGGUUGUGACCUCGGGAGGGAAGAAGCAUAGCUAUUCGCAUGUCAUCUCCACGGUGCCCCUUCCCAACUUUGCGCGUAUUGAUACUUCCACGCUCGACAUCAGCCUUCGGCAGGCUCACGCCAUUCGGUCUCUGGGGUAUACGCCGGCCACCAAGGUCGGGAUUCUGUUCAAGACGGCGUGGUGGAAGGAGCAUAAGCAGGUUGGCGGGCAGUCGCACACUGACCUGCCUAUUCGCACCAUCGUCUAUCCUUCGUAUGGACAAGGCCAAUCGUCUAGAGUUUUGAUUGCUUCGUACUGCUGGACCAACGAUGCCAACAAGCUUGGAAACUUGAUCGACACUGGGGCGGAUGAUGUACUCAAAGAAGUCGUACUCAGGAACUUGGCGACGAUCCAUCAAGUUGAUGUCAAGGUUCUGGAGGAACAGUUUGUUGAGAUGCAUGCGUUUAAUUGGAAUCAUAAUGCUUGGGGUGGAGGUGCCUAUGGUUCCUUUGGUCCCGGACAGUAUGCCCAUAUCUAUGGCGCUCUUAACGCUCCUGCAGCAGAUGGUCGACUUCAGUGGGCAGGCGAGAUCCUGAGCGUUCGCCAUGGGUGGAUUGAAGGGGCAUUGGACAGUGCAUGGGCGGCAGUGGUCAGAUAUCUCUAUCUCUCCAAUGCGAGCCCCGACUCUCUUCACGGUUUCUACGAUACCUGGGACAUCAAUUGGGAGUGGCAUGAUGCAAGCCCUGCUGAAGAUCCGAAGCGAGUUGAACGCCGUACCAGCAGUACCAAGGGCAAAUCCAGGACGUCGAGGGCAUUGGGGAAUGUGUGGGCUGACAUGAAGAAAUCUUUGUCGCCUGGGGCGGGGAAUACCUCGAACUUGUCCAAGGUGCCGUGUGAGGACAUUCGAAAGUCUAACGCCGGUGGGACAGAUACCUCAAAGGUUCCGAGGAUACCUCAUUCAGAGAAUCUCCUCCUUCGCCAUAUCCUACUCCACACACCGGAUCUACUUGCCACCCGCAAUUGA